AUGAAUAAUAUACAGAAUGGUAUUGAUGUGCCACUGUUUGACUCCAUAUUAUUAGAAGAUUUGGAUAUUACCAACUUUAUUGGAAGUAUAAAUUUAAAAAGUUUACAGAAGUGCUUUAAAGUGCGACCUUUAUAUCAGUCUGAUUAUGAAAAAGGAUACAUCAAUUUAUUAUCACAGUUAACAACAGUUGGAGAUAUUUCAUUUGAACAAUUUUCAGCUCGGUUUAAUGCAAUGAAAUCUUGUCCAGAUACAUACUACAUAACAGUGAUAGAAGAUCUUACAACAAAGCAAGUCAUAGGCACGGCUACAUUAGUAAUAGAACAGAAGUUUAUACACAGUGCAUCCAGUAGAGGAAGAAUUGAAGAUGUUGUUGUCAGUAAUGAGUAUCGAGGACAGCAACUGGGAAAAUUGUUGCUGGGAAUUUUGGUCUAUUUCCUUUUUUCUUUCCAAGCUUACUACAUUCUAUCUGUUAAUAAUCUAUCUAUGUAA